AUGCCAGCCACAAUAUCCCCAACUACCGUCCUGAUCAGCGGGGCAAAUCGAGGUCUCGGUAAAGAACUUCUUGCGCGUUAUCUUGCCAGACCAAACCAUGUCGCUGUUGCUGCCAACCGCAACCCGGAACAUGCCACGUCCAAAGCUCUCGCGGAACUACCCAAAGGUCAAGGUAGCCGACUCGUCGUUGUGAAGCUCGAUGCUUCGAUCGAGGCCGAUGCUGCCAAAGCCGUAAAGCAGCUCAUUGCGCAAGGCGUCGAUCACCUAGACGUCGUCAUUGCCAACGCCGGUGUCUCCUACGCCUGGCCCAAGGUUGCGGACCUCAAAACCGAGGACCUGCAAGGACACCUUAUCCCCGACCUAUUUGGUGUCAUAUGGUUAUAUCAAGCCGCAUUCCCGCUAUUGAAGAAAUCCAUGGACCCCAAAUGGAUAACGAUAGGCAGUGUAGCAGGGAAGCUAGAGAACCCAACCCCUUCACCUUUACCGUCAGCGCCAGAAUUAACAAAAUAUAGGGAUCAGCCCCCGAUACCCAACGCUGCGUACGCGACGUCUAAAGCUGCGGUACACUGGGUGACCAAAAGGAUUAAUCAGGAGGAGGAUUGGAUCACAGCUUUUGUGGUCCAUCCAGGCUGGGUCGAGACUGACAUGGGCCAGGCGGUUAUGCACGGCCUCGGACUGGCUGGUAAAAACGUCAAGCUACCAAUUAUAACAGUCGACGAAUCAUGUGACGGCAUAGUACAUCUGAUCGACGUGGCCACGAGAGAGUCCCACGGCGGAAGGUUCUGGGAUUACGACGGCGCGCGGGAGUCUUGGUAA